AUGUUUCGAUGCCGACAAUGUGUUGAAGAUCCCUUUGGUGCUAUCUUCGGCACUCAUGGGAACCGACACAGAGGGAGACGGAGUCGGGGGCAUCUCCGAAACGCUGAGGAGAAUCUCGGAGGGUAUCGCCCUCGACAAGGAGCAGAGCUCGACGAUUUAGCGUUGGAGUGA